AUGAAGUUCGGUACGAUCAAUCUGGACAGCCAAUGAAGUAUGACCGAGGACUGGGCACGUGGGUUCUGGUAGGAGGUGCUAUGGCCGCGACUGCGGGAGUGGCGUAUGCAGCACACAGCCACCACAAGAAGAAUAAAAAAGGAAAGGACGGCAAAAAGAGUAAGAAGAGUAAGAAGAGCAAGAAGAGUAAGAAGCACAAGAAGCACAAACACAGGGAGGUUGAUGGCAGCAGCAGUAGCAGUAGUAGUAGCUCCAGCGACAGUGACAGUGACUAGGAGU